AUGGUGGGUGAAAAUAUCCUUCUUGAUGCCAUUGACAGAGGGUUGGCUAUGUCCAAAAUGUCGAAGUUGGAGGGUUGUUUGUCUGAAGGAGAACUGUCAGGUUCUGCCAAUAUCCUUUCCUCUUCUCUUGUGUUUCCAACGGCUUAUAGAGUUGGCUUCUCCGAAGCUAGCUCUUCCGGGAAACCCAAGAGGAGAAACAAGCCUAGAAAGAGGCCCCACAUUAGCAACAAGAGGCCUAGAGGAGUGUUUGUGGCUACUCUAGCAGUGAUUGAGGGUUUAAAGGAAGGUGUAUCAGUUGGUAAAGUGACAAAAAGAAAAGCAGAAGGAGAGGCGUAUAUAUACCUAACGAGUAACGGUGUUAGUAUAAUCGUUAAAUGUGCUGACUGGAAUACUGAGUCAUUUGACAAGUCAUAUGGGUUCUCGGCUUAUUCGUGCCCCAACUCUAGACAUGUGUGCAAAUACAUUCCCAAAGUCUAA